AAAAGCACUGAACAAACACUAACAAAGAGCCCAACAGAAACUAGAUGCCCCGAUGUAACGCCACAUGAGGAACACGAUCAAACGAGCCCCCCGUUAAAAGGGAACGGUGAGCCAGCGGCAAAUAAGUCAAGUCACGAUGGGGGAUCAAGCUCAUCUGUCAGCCUGUAUGAAAAAAGCAGUGGUAAGAAAACAUCAGCUACAAGUGAUGAGUAUGCAUCUAGAAAGAAACGCAGCAAGAAAGAAACAAGCAGAAGUACUGAUUUGGCUGCAAGUAGGAAACCCAAAGAUGGAAAAAUGUCAUCAAGUACAGCUCCUCAGUUAAUGCCAAAUGAGAAGCAUAAAGACUGGGACGCAAAUGAUGUCACUGAGCCUUCACCAGACUUUACAUGUCACGACAUAUCAAUGGAAAGUACUGAGCCAAUUCAAAAUAAGACUAGUGACCAUGAACAGGUAGCAUCAAAUGAAAGUCCAGUUCAGGCAGAACCCAUUGAGGGGAACACAUCCUCAAUUUCAAGUCCUGACCUAGCACAAAAGAAGCAGAGUGAAGGAAAACUAGCUUCUCCUUCAAACACUGAAAUGGCACAAAGUAAGAAUUCUAACAGUGACGAAGCCACAUUGGCCGAAAGUACAGAAACAUCGCCAAGUAAGAUGCCUGGUGAUGAGACUACAAGUACUACAUCAACCUCAAGUAGGAACCAUACACAUCAGAGAACAUCAUCAACCAGAAGCAGGGAUUUAACAAAACACAAGAAGCAUAGACAUAGAGAUGCAAAGUCUUCAAGUAGUAAGGAAGCAGCACUGCUGAAAAGACAAAAUGAUGGGAGCGCACCAUCAGGAGGAAGCACCGACCCAACACAACGGAAAAGACAUAAGGAUCAGAGUGGGGAAUCCACCCAAACUACAGAGGCAAGACACAGUAAGAGAAACAACAAUGGGAGCAAAAAAUCAAGUGGAAGUACUGAUCCAACACAAAAGAAGAGACAUAGGGAAGGUGAAAAACGCUUAAAGGCAUCAAGCCAGAAUGAUGGUGGUAAUGCCAAAGAUGAGGAAGAUCCUUACAAGUGUGACCGGUGUGGCAAAGUGAUGUCCAACUUCAAAAACUACAAAUUUCAUAUGAAGAGCCACACAGUUGAGAAGACGUUCAAAUGUGAGACUUGUGGCAAGAUGUUCCGGGAAAGUUGGGAUUUAAAUAAACAUUUAGUGAUUCAUUCAGCCGAGAAACCCUUCAAGUGCGACGUCUGUGGAAACGGGUUCAACCGACGUUAUAAUCUCGACCUGCACGUCAGGGUUCACACUGGGGAAAAGCCUUACAAAUGCAGCACCUGCGGGAAAAGCUUCAGCGCCUGUGUGAACAUGAAGAAGCACAUGAGAAUCCACACCGGUGAGAAGCCUUACACUUGCAACGAGUGCGGUAAAGAGUUUGCGGAUUCUUCUGCUUUCAAGAAUCAUUCGCGAGUGCACACGGGGGAAAGGCCCUUCAAGUGUACCUACUGCAAGAAAAAAUUUGCUACCAACACGACUUUGAAAAGGCACACCAGAACACAUACAGGUGAAAAACCGUAUAAAUGCACCGUAUGUGAUAAGGCGUUCAGUCACAAAACCGACCUGAAAGGACACAUGAGGAUGCACACUGGCGAGAAGCCCUACAAAUGCAUUAGUUGUGGGGAACAGUUCUCCACCUGGUUAAAACUUCAUAAGCAUAAAGCACGUGCACAUGCAAGCGAAUCAGAAAAACCCGCCGAAUAACUGGUCGUAGCAAAUGAAUUAACUUGUUUUUGCUUUUCGUUUUCUUGUGAUUUACUUCAUAGUUUUGAAUUUUUUGGACAUUCCAGGUGUUGAGGUCAAACAGGGUUCUUUAUUGUGUAU